UGAAAUCCGCACUCUUGUAUUCUUGCAAGCUACUCUUCACAACCUUGCUAUACGAAGCAUAACUCAAGCUAGUUGUACACCUUUGCUUCCUAGAUCGAACAUGCCGAAUCCCGAGCUCUACACAGUUGGCUGGAUCUGCGCCCUCGAUACCGAGCUCGUCGCCGCUCUAGCAUUCCUCGACGAGGAGCACGACGCGCCAGACCAUAUGCCCAUCAACGAUAAUAACAGCUAUACCCUGGGCCGCAUUGGAAAGCAUAAUGUUGUCAUUACCGUACUGCCGCACCGGCAAUACGGGCUUGUCAAUGCUGCGACUGCCGCCAAAGACCUGGCGCGCAGCUUUCCCAAUGUGCGGAUCGGCCUGAUGGUGGGCAUCGGUGGCGGCGCACCGAGUGCAAAGCAUGAUAUCCGCCUCGGCGAUAUCGUGGUGAGCUCCACAGGCCAUGCUAGUGGAGGUGUGUUCCAGUAUGAUUACGGGAAAACCCUGCAAGACGAAGAAUUCAUCACUACUGGACACCUCAACCAGCCACCCCAAUUCAUACUAGCGACAAUCACUACGCUCAAAGCCAGAUAUGAAAGCAAUGGUCAUGGCAUUGAAGAAACCAUCAACAACAUCCUCAAAAAAAAACCAAGAUUGCGAGCGAAAUACCAGCGGCCAGCUAUCAGCACCGACAAACUGUACAUAUCGUCAUUCAAGCACAGAGGGAGUGACGACGAGAGCUGCGCAGCAACAUGCGGGGAUGAUCAUUCCAACUUGGUCUUCAGAGCCGAACGAACGGAAGAGGAGGACAAUCCCGCAAUCCACUACGGUCUGAUUGCGUCUGCGAACCAGGUGAUGAAGAACGCCUCGAUUCGCGAUAAGUUGUCAGCGGAGAAGGAUGUUUUGUGCUUCGAGAUGGAGGCCGCUGGUUUGAUGAACCACUUCCCUUGCAUUGUGAUCCGGGGCAUCUGCGAUUACUCGGACACACACAAGAACGGGCAGUGGCAAGGCUACGCGGCGAUGGCAGCAGCUGCUUACGCGAAGGAUCUCCUGAAUCGGAUUGCACCGAAUAAGAUUGAAGCUGCGAAGAAGCUGAGCGAGGUUCUCCCCGAGGUCAAUGAGAAAUUGAAGGAUAUUCACUCCACAGCAACCAAUGCAAACACGAUCGUUGUAGGCCUGAAGGAAGAUAGCCAUUCUGAGCGGGUGAGAAAAUGGCUCUCGCCCCCUGAUCCAUCCACCAAUUUCAAUAAAGCUCUCGAGCAGCGCCACCACGGUUCGGGUCAGUGGUUUGUUGGAAGCGAAGAAUAUUCAACUUGGAAGGCCGAGCGAAACUCGUUUUUGUGGCUCCACGGGAUCCCUGGGUGCGGCAAAACCAUCCUCAGCUCUACCAUCGUCGAGGACUUGCAAACGACCGAGCUUUGCUCCUCGAAGCUGCUCUACUUUUAUUUCGACUUCAACGAGACCCAGAAACAGUCUGUCGAGAAUGCAAUUCGGUCACUCAUAAGUCAGCUAUACGAGAAGAGGCAAGAGGCUCGACAUCACUUGGACACCCUCUACUCCUCCUGCGGAAAUGGCCAGCGACAGCCAAGCAAUGAUUCGCUGCAGUCCACCUUCCAAGAUAUGGUUCAACAAGCUGAUGAGGUCUGGGUUGUACUGGAUGCCCUUGACGAAUGUCAUGCGCGGAGGGUAGACCCGAAUAGAGGGCUGCUGCCGUGGAUACAGGCUCUUCGGGGCACUCAAAUGAACAUCCAUCUCCUCGUGACCAGCCGUCCGGAGCAAGACAUCAAGUCGACUGUGGAAAGUUGGGCCCGCAAUGAAGAAAUCAUUCCCAUCCAGAGCGAUGGGAUAGCAGACGACAUACGCGCAUAUGUCCGGGCACGCGUGAGACAGCACGCUGGACUCAGCAGAUGGAAGUCAAGGCCGGACGUUCGGGGCGAGAUUGAAGAUGCUCUACUUAACAAGGCUGACGGCAUGUUCCGAUGGGUAUCGUGCCAACUAGAUGUUCUCGAAGAUUGUCUUGACCAACGGGCUGUACGGAACGCGCUUGCAUCGCUGCCGAAGACACUUGACGAAACAUACGCACGGAUCCUAGCAAAGAUACCGGAUGAUCACAAGCCACAUACAAAACGAAUCUUGCAGUUCUUAACCUACUCCGCACGGCCUCUGAAGAUCGACGAGGCUGUUGAUGCUCUUGCCGUGGACAUUGAUGCAAAGCCUCGCUUCGACCCAAAAAAUCGAAUGCCAGAUCCGGAGGAGAUGAUGAAAUACUGCUCCAGUCUAGUAGUGGUUGUCCGAAGACAGGAUACCAACAAUGAGAAGGCAGUGCCAGAAAUACAGCUUGCUCACUUCUCUGUCAAAGAAUAUCUGGUGUCAACAAAACCUCAAGACCAAAUUGCCACAGAUCUUGAUAAGAGAUCUGCCAGAGCUUCCAUUGCACAAGUCUGUUUGUCAUAUCUGCUGGAGAUCAACUCAAGGCUCUCAGCAGCACAGGUCCGACAAUCCUACACACUAGCACAAUAUGCAGCACAAUUUUGGAGAAUUCUUUGCACAUAA